AUGAUGGAGCCGGAUACAGCCAGUCGCUUGAAGGAGCGGAAAUCGAACAAACUGAAGGACUAUACAGUGAUGACAGGGCCUUUAGGAGUGACACAUCUGCUCUUAUUCUCAAAGUCCAGUAUAGGAAAUACCAGCCUUCGCCUUGCACUUGCUCCUCGUGGACCUACUCUUCACUUUAGGAUAGAAAAUUAUUCCCUAUGCAAAGACGUCAUCAAGGCGUUAAAACAUCCAAAGGGAUCGGACAAGCUCCAUCGAACUCAUCCAUUGCUAGUAAUGAAUAACUUCAUGUCUCCGAGAACAGAUGAUGAACCAUCCUCCUCGAAAGUCGUCCCUAAACACCUCGAAUCCCUUACGACUACUGUUUUCCAGUCUCUUUUUCCCCCUAUUUCUCCCCAAACCACAACAUUUUCUUCAAUUCGUCGCAUCAUCCUGUUAAAUAGGGAACUGUCCCCAGAUCAAACAGAGAAUGGCUCAUAUGUCAUAAAUCUUCGCCAUUAUGCCAUCACCACCAAAAGGAUCGGCAUACCGAAACGAAUACGGCGCCUUGAUCCCAAGGAACAACGGCAUAGGGACCGAAAGACGGCGGUUCUCCCAAACCUUGGAAAACUAGAUGAUGUGGCAGAUUAUCUCCUCGACCCAUCAGCUGCUGGAUAUACCUCUGCUAGCGAAACUGAGCUGGACACUGAUGCUGAAGUCGAGGUGAUGGAAACAACGGCCAAAAAAGUUCUGAAUAAGCGCCAAAUACAACGUAUGAAGGAGGGCGAUAAAAAGCCAUCGACUUCAUCGGAUCCUAAUGUCGAAAAAAGGGCAGUGAAAUUGGUAGAAUUGGGUCCACGGAUGAAAUUGAAAUUGACCAAGGUCGAAGAGGGGUUGUGUAGUGGAAAAGUUUUGUGGCAUCAUAUUCUGACCAAGUCGGAGGAAGAGACUCGACAACUGGAUGAGGCCUGGGAGAAAAAGCGCAGGGAGAAAGAGCAGAGACGAAAAGAGCAGAAGGAAUCUAUUGAAAGGAAGCGGAAAGAAAGAGGCAAGGGGGCAAAGGAUAUAGAUAAAGAGGAUGAGGAUGAGGAUCUCGAUGAAUAUUGGGACAGCGAGGAUUUCGACGACGUUGAUGAAGAGAUGGAAGACGCACCUGAUGAUAGUUAG